UGCUGGGAUACGGAGCAGUGCUCUCUGCGGCCAGGCAGGAGGAGUCAAGAUGGACGCGGGAUUCUUCCGCGGAACAAGCGCAGAACAGGAUAACCGUUUCAGCAACAAACAGAAGAAGCUCCUGAAGCAACUGAAGUUUGCAGAAUGCCUAGAAAAGAAAGUGGACAUGAGCAAAGUAAACCUGGAAGUAAUCAAGCCUUGGAUAACAAAAAGAGUAACAGAAAUCCUUGGAUUUGAAGAUGAUGUAGUAAUUGAGUUUAUAUUCAACCAGUUGGAAGUGAAGAAUCCAGAUUCCAAAAUGAUGCAAAUCAACCUGACUGGAUUCUUGAAUGGGAAAAAUGCUAGAGAGUUCAUGGGGGAACUGUGGCCAUUACUGCUGAGUGCACAAGAAAACAUUGCUGGUAUUCCAUCUGCUUUCCUGGAGCUGAAGAAAGAAGAAAUAAAACAGAGACAGAUUGAACAGGAAAAAUUGGCUUCUAUGAAGAAACAAGAUGAAGACAAAGAGAAGAGAGACAAGGAAGAUAAAGAAAACAGAGAAAAAAGGGACCGGUCUAGAAGCCCUAGACGGCGCAAAUCAAGAUCUCCUUCCCCUCGAAGGCGCUCUUCCCCUGUGAGGAAAGAGAGGAAACGCAGCCAUUCCCGUUCCCCCCACCAUAAAACUAAGAGUCGUAGUGUUACUCCUGCACCAGAAAAGAAAGAAGAGACUCCUGAGCCAGAGCCUUCAAUCAAAGUAAAAGAAACAUUGAUACAGGAAGCAACAUCUACUAGUGAUAUCUUGAAAGUACCUAAAAUUGAGCCUAUGCCAGAUACUAAAGAAAUAUCUCCAGAAAAAGUUUCAAAGAAGGAAAAAGAGAAAGAAAAGGAGAAGAAUCGUCAAAGGACUCCAUCCCGAUCCAAGUCAAGGUCAAAAUCUCGCUCGCGCUCUCAGUCUCAUUCAAGACCAAGAAGGCGUCAUAGAUCACGAUCAAGGUCUUAUUCACCAAGGAGACGGCCCAGCCCAAGACGGCGCCCCUCUCCUCGGAGGAGAUCCCCACCAAGACGCAUUCCACCUCCACCCAGGCACAGAAGGAGCAGAUCUCCUGUGAGGCGGAGGAGGCGGUCGUCAGCAUCUUUGUCAGGAAGCAGUUCUUCCUCUUCCUCUUCACGUUCCCGAUCUCCACCAAAAAAGCCACCUAAGAGGGUUGUCUCCAGCCCUCCUCGUAAAACACGUAGACUGUCUCCUUCUGCAAGUCCUCCUAGGCGAAGGCACAGGCUAUCCCCACCUCCAAGUCCACCCCCAAAGCCACGCAGGUCUCCAACACCUCAGCAGUCAAUUCGUGUGAGAAAGGCCCGAGGCUCAGUUUCUCCCAGCAGAACAUCAGCAGCCAAACAUAAAAGUACUGAAAAAAGGGAAUCUCCCUCACCGGCACCGAAGACGAGAAAAGUAGAACUGUCAGAAUCAGAAGAUGACAAGGGUGGCAAAAUGGCAGCUGCAGAUUCUGUGCAACAAAGACGACAGUAUAGAAGGCAGAACCAGCAGUCUUCAUCAGAUUCUGGCUCAUCAUCUUCCUCUGAAGAGGAACGGCUAAAAAAGUCAAAUGUAAAGAAUGGUGAAGUGGGCAGGCGCAGACGGCACUCUCAUUCCCGCAGCCCAUCUCCUUCUCCACGAAAAUGGCAGAAAGAUUCUUCCCCUCGGAUGCAGAUGGGAAAGAGGUGGCAGUCGCCAAUUGUAAAAAGUAGGAGGAGGAGAAGCCCCUCACCACCUCCAGCCAGAAGACGGCGGUCUCCUUCUCCAGCCCCACCUCCAAGACGGCGCCGGUCACCUUCUUUACCACGCCGAAGGUCUCCAUCACCACCUCCUCGCCGGCACUCUCCCACACCUAGAAGAUAUUCUCCUCCAAUACAAAGAAGAUAUUCCCCUUCACCACCACCAAAGCGAAGAACAGCUUCUCCCCCGCCCAAGCGAAGGACGUCUCCUUCUCCACAGCCGAAGCUCAGAGUCUCUCGAUCUCCCCCACCAAAACAAAGAAGCUCUCCGCCUCCCAAGAGACGGUCGCCAUCCAUAUCUUCCAAGCACAGGAAAGGAUCCCCACCCAGCAGGUCUAACCGGGAAGCCCGCUCCCCCCUGCAGAACAAACGGCAUUCACCAUCCCCACGGCCCAGGCCUUCCCGUACCUCUUCAAGUCCCCCACCACUACGCAGGGGACCUUCAUCUUCACCUCCACGGCGGCUGUCUCCAUCUCCAAGCACCAGGCCUAUCAGGAGAGUGUCAAGGACCCCAGAGCCCAAGAAGUCAAAGAAGCCUUCCACGCCGAGUCCGCAUUCUGCAAGAAGGGAAUCUUCAUCCAGGUCUGUGUCAGGAUCACCUGAGCCACCCCCCAAGAAACUUCAAGCCCCUCCAUCUCCUGCUCAGUCUAGGUCACCUUCUGCUCACUGGUCUCCUCCAGCCCCUGCAAAGAAGGCUAAGAGUCCUACACCAAGUCCAUCGCCUGUCAGGAACUCUGAUCAGGAAGGCAGUGGCAAGAAGAAGAAGAAAAAGAAGGAUAAGAAGCAUAAAAAAGAUAAAAAGCACAAGAAACACAAAAAGCAUAAGAAGGAGAAAGCUGCAGCAGCAGCUGCUGCAAUGGCUGUGUUUCCCACAUCAGCGCCAGAAGACCAAGAGAAAAUUACAGAGCCCAAAAAGGAGACUGAGAGUGAACCAGACGAUAACCUCGAUGAUUUGGAAAAACAUCUGCGUGAGAAAGCACUGAGGUCAAUGAGGAAGGCGCAGACAUCUCCGCCCUCUUAGGCUGAAGCAGGAGUUUGAUCUAAUGUACAUUUUAUUUGGUUUGUACUGAGACUUCAAUUUCAAAAUUGCUAAAAUGUGUUUGAGCUUUAGACUUUAACAUUGAUUGUAACAAUUGCUUAGGUUGACCAUGUUUAAAAGAAAAAGGGCAUGGAUCUUCAUUACAGAAAAGCAUUCACAGUGUACUAGUGACAUCUUUGACAGCUGACAUCUGUUUCACUAUAAUUUUUUAAUGCAGUGUUUCUCCCUCCUCCCCGAGACAGACCUCUCAAUUUCUUGGUUUGCCACCCUGGAAAUGUCCUAAGCAUUUGCAAUUUGACUUCCCGACACAAGUCAAUUUUGGUCUUGUAUACAGAGGCAAGCCACUAUUUAUGCAUUUAAAAAAAAAAACCCUAGCAAGAACACUUGUGAAUCCCCAGGUUUUUCUGUGGUUGCCUGCAUUGUCUCUGCUUGAAGACCAAGGUUAGAAUUUGGAGAUGGCACCUACUUAAGCCUGAACACAGCGUGUUCACGGUAGUGCAACAGGUUUAUUUAGAACACUGGAAUUUCAUUUGUACCUAACUUCUCCCCCACCACCACCCCUUCUUAAAGGCAGUUCCCACGAUCAGCAGUCUCAGCAAAGUUUUGCAUACAGUUUCGUUCUGUGAAAUGUUGUUGCCCCAAUCAUAGUUUUCUUUCCUCCUCUCCUUGUCUUGUUGUGAUCCUUCAAAAUAGUGUGCAACUUUCAGAGCUGUGGUCUCUCAAAGUCAGAAGGACCUGAACUUUGGAUAUUGUCAUGUUCUCA